CCAGGGGCCGCCGGAGCCAGCCGGAACCCGCCCCCUUCGUCUCCCCCUGGCCCCCGCCCUGUUGCCAGCAUCGGUCCCUGCGGCGCGGACGCCCGGGUCGGGAGAGAAAGGUCCUGAAGAUGGCAUAGUGUAAAGGCACCUUCCAAUGAGUGGGAACAUCUUAACCUGUGGGUGCCGGCUUGGGCCAGAGGCUUCGUGUUGAGCUGAAGGAACUUGUCUGCCACUCUCCUGAAAACCUCUUUCUCUCCUAAUUCAUGAGCCAGCAGGAUGCGGUCGCUGCACUUUCAGAACGCCUUCUCAUAGCUGCGUACAAAGGCCAAGCAGAGAAUGUGGUUCAGCUCAUCAACAAGGGCGCCAAGGUAGCGGUUACCAAGCAUGGCCGGACCCCACUGCAUCUUGCUGCCAAUAAGGGCCAUCUUUCCGUGGUCCAGAUCUUGCUGAAGGCUGGCUGUGACCUCGAUGUCCAGGACGAUGGAGAUCAGACCGCCCUGCACAGGGCCGCCGUCGUGGGGAAUGCCGAGAUCAUUGCCACACUCAUCCAUGAGGGCUGUGCUUUGGACAGACAAGACAAGGACGGGAACACGGCUCUGCACGAGGCAUCCUGGCAUGGGUUCAGCCAGUCAGCCAAGCUGCUCGUUAAAGCAGGAGCCAACGUGCUUGCCAAGAAUAAGCUCCUGUCCUGGAUCGGCCACUGGGAAGCUGAGAAAAUAAGUGUGGCUUUUCUAUCCCCCUGUGCGGGCAACACCGCUCUGCACCUGGCCUGCCAGAACAGCCACUCCCAGAGCACGCGCAUCCUCCUGCUGGGCGGGUCCCGAGCUGACCUCAGGAACAACGCAGGCGACACCUGUUUGCACGUUGCCGCACGCUAUAAUCACUUGUCCAUCAUUAGGCUCCUCCUCAGUGCUUUCUGUUCUGUCCAUGAAAAGAACCAGGCUGGAGACACAGCACUUCAUAUUGCCGCUGCACUAAAUCACAAGAAAGUGGUUAAAAUCUUACUGGAAGCUGGAGCAGAUGGGACCAUCGUUAAUAAUGCAGGCCAGACUCCACUGGAGACUGCCCGCUACCACAAUAAUCCAGAAGUUGCUCUUCUCCUCACUAAAGCUCCCCAGGUCUUGCACUUCAGUCGUGGGCGAAGCCUGAGAAAAAAGAGAGAGAGGAUCAAGGAAGAGAGGAGAGCCCAGUCUGUGCCAAGAGAUGAGGUGGCACAAAGCAAGGGUAGUGUCUCAGCUGGAGAUACCCCUAGCAGUGAACAGGCUGCACUCAGAAAAGAAGAGGCCAGAGAAGAUUUCCUGUCAGCCUCCCCUGAGCCCAGGGCAAAGGACAGCGGGAGGAAAAAAUCAAGGCCCAAGGUGUCAGCAUUUUCUGACCCCGUCCCGCCCACAGACCAACAGCCUGGACACCAGAAGAACUUGCAUGCUCACAGUCACCCUAAAAAGAAGGGCAGGCAUCGGUGUUCAUCUCCGCCACCUCCCCACGAGUUCAGAGCAUACCAGCUCUACACAUUGUACCGGGGCAAGGAUGGCAAAGUGAUGCAGGCACCAAUAAAUGGUUGUCGAUGUGAACCACUCAUCAAGAAGCUGGAGAAUCAGUUGGAGGCAACUGUGGAGGAGAUAAAAGCAGAGCUGGGAUCUGUUCAGGAUAAAAUGAAUGUAAAACUGGGACAUAUGGAGAAUAAGACCCAGCACCAACUGCGCGUUCUGGACAAGCUGAUGGUUGAGCGACUCUCAGCUGAGAGAACCGAGUGCCUGACUCGUCUGCAACAGCAUUCAGAUGCAGAGAAGCAGGAGGGAGAGAAACGACAGAUGUCAUUGGUGGAUGAAUUAAAAACCUGGUGCAUGUUAAAGAUUCAGAAUCUGGAGCUGAAGCUUUCUGGAGAGUCUAGGGCCUCCAGGGCUAAAUCCACACCAUCUACUUGUGAGUCUUCUACAGGUGUUGAUCAGUCAGUGGUGACUACAGGUCCAGCAGCAGCUUCAGAUAGUUCUCCUCAGGUGGUGAGGCCCAAGGAAAAGGCCCUCAACUCGAGUGCUACACCCAGACCCCCGCAGGAGCUUUCUUCCUCUGAUUGUACAGGCUCCCAGCUGAGGAAUGUCAAGGUCCAGACAGCCUUGCCACUCUUGAAUGAGGCAGCCAAAUGUGAUCAGCAGGCUGGGCCCUGUGUCGACAGAGGCACCCAGACCAAGAAGCCUGGGAAAAGUGGGCAGGCGAGGCAUCGAGCCCAGCACCUGGUACCUAGCAUCUCCUGUGGGCAGCCACCAGCAGCGGCAGGCCACGAGCACGCCACCCCUCACAUUCGAGACACCUCCCAAGCUCUGGAGCUCACCCAGUAUUUUUUUGAGGCUGUUUCUUCCCAGAUGGAAAAGUGGUAUGAAAGGAAAAUAGAAGAAGCACGAAGUCAAGCCAAUCAGAAAGCCCAGCAAGACAAAGCUACACUGAAAGAACAUAUUAAAAGUUUAGAAGAGGAACUUGCCAAACUAAGGACAAAGGUGAAGAAGGAAAAUUAGGGCCUCAGACAAUGAAUGAGGUAGGAUUCUUGAGGAUUUCAGGUUUUACAACUCAGAAUAGCUCUGCUCGAGGUGUUAACUGUACACAUAGCAGAUUUGCCUUUUUAAAAAGUCACUAAUUUCAAAAAUGUGCCAGACACAUUUCCUAUUCCCUGAUGUCAUGAAGACUCCAGCAAUUAAACUGAAACCAGGGGAAGCUAACUUAGUGUCAGGUUUCGUUACAAACUCCAGACCCUUUCCAGAUUCAUCUGAAGUUCAAAAGCUCAGGUUAAGUUAAAGGAUGGAAAGCCUAAACCCUAAAAUUCAGGAUGUAUGAAAUAAUAUGAAUUAAAAACAAGAAGAUAAAUUUAAUCCCUUGUGAAUGUAGAUCAAGUAGUCAUUCAUAUAAAUUGAAGCACACCUGCUGUGCCUAGACAAGAGUGUCCCUAAGACUAUAUCCCCAAGACCCCUAAACCCUCUCAAGUUCAAAUUCUCAAAAUGCUGACAUUCCAACCAGGUGGAAACUUACAAAUAGAUUUUGAGGAGAUUUUCGUGGUGUCACCAGAACCAAUAUAUCUUAAAAUUAUUUGAAGUAUCAAUGUAUUUAAAUAAUGAAUAAUUGGCUAAUAGCACUGGAAACAUUUGCUAAACAUGAGCUUAAAUGAGAACGUUUCCAAUCACUUGAUCAUGGUUCCUGUUAUUUUGAGUCAAAAAAUUAUUGAUAAAUGUUAGUGAUUUUAGAGUGGAUUAAUUGAAAAAACAGUCACUUAAAUAAUUACUUGAAACUUCUGUAACAUAUUCAUAAUCAAAUCCAAUUAGCCUAGAGUACUUUCUGAAUUUCAGCGUAUUGGUUUAAAUUUUAUAAAGAAAUAAGGCUACCUCUUGAAAGUAUUUUCUUUUGAAUUGAGUUCUGUCACUGAAUUAUCUUAAAAGCUUGCCACUGCUUUGCAAUGAUUAUGUCAGGCUAAAUACUUUAAUAACUUGAUUUAGACCUCAUUGUCCCCAUCUUCAUGGAGCACAAAGGAUUUCACUUUGGUUCAUAAUGAAACUCAAACACAGAAACAAGUUGUGAAAGCAGCUUGAGUAUGUUGAAACUUUGGAUUUUAUUCUGUUCCAAGCUUCUUGUGCCUUGGAAUAUAGAAUUAUGUUCAUCUCUUCAGAAUUACAUGUAUGCAUAGAAACUUCAAUUAUAUUUCUAUAAACAAAUAUUAACCAGAAUCUAGUAACUGUUGUCCAUAAUUGUGAAUAGAAUGCUGUUCAUUGAGCCAAGAGAAAAUAAUUUUUCUUGAAUUGGGGAUGCCGAGAAAAACAGAAAGUAUGCUUCUAGUCCCUUUGUUUUUUGCCUAUCAAGUUCACAUUAAAAAAAAAUAUAUUUUUAUACUGACAUGGAUUUGACAUUCUAAUAAUAAAAUAAUUCAGAUGUAUUUUACCAUCACAGACCCUGAAAGUGGAAUUAAUUUGAUAUUUUCAUAUAAGUUUAUCUUGUUCCUCAACUACUGAGUAGGUAGACUGCCAGUCCCUCCCCAGAACUCUUGUUGAACUGCUAAUGUAGAGGUACUUUUCCUCUUUCAUUUCCCUGUUCAUCCCUGUUCUAGUUUGCUAAUGCUUCCAGAAUGCAAAAUACCAGAAAUGGAUUGGCUUUUAUAAAAGGGGUUUAUUUGGUUACACAGUUACAGUCUU